GUGUAAAUCCCCACUUCUUAUGAAUGUCUAAGCCUUACAACGUAGAUAGAACUAUACGAGAUAUCAUCGGCUUCAAUCUUCAGUAGUGGUUUAACGACUUAUCUCUUUAGAGGUAUACAUGCGAACCUAUUGGUGUAUUGAAAUAUUGUGUUUGUGCUUUACGAUCUAAAUAUUAUAUAGCGAGAUUAAUAUUUUUGAUGAUAAAAUUUGGCCUUUCACGAGUAAUUUUUUUUGCUCACAACAGUGUUAUCUUCGACUACAGCUGGUUGUUGUAUAACGUUACGAAACAUUUAUGCUUUCAUUUCGAUCUACGAAAGAAAUGAACAAAGUAUAUAUAAGAAACCGAGUAUAUAAAGAAAUGAUAAUUAUGCACAUUCUUAUCUAAUUUUAAAAGCAAAAAAAAAAAACAAGAUAAAAGUGUGAGCUUCGAAAAAACGAAAAGUAAAGUGAUCGAUAGAAAUUUCAGCGACUGUGUGAUAUGAAAGUGCAAAAAACUAUCAAAUUGUUAUCUGAAAAUUAAACGAUUCGUAAAGUAUUACGGAUAUAAAAAUUUGUAUUGUUCUUCAAUCAGGAGAAAAAACAAUAGAAAUUAUUAUUUAGUUUGAGACAGAAUAUUUAAGAGAAUAUUUUUUUCUUCAAUUUAUUCUUCUCUUUCAUGAUUGAGACAUGGCUGGAAUAAUGAAUCUAGGAUUUGAAGAGAACGAGUUAGAAAAUCUAGAAAGUGGCACACAGAAUAAGAAAUCGUACGAGAAAGAAGAGCAAAGGAUUGCGGUUUCUGCUGGUGUACCGGUUAUGGUAUGCUCUUGUUACUCUUGGGUUUCACGUAUACCGGAUUAUUUUAUUACUGUGUAAUUAAGCGAUAUUUUGCAAAAUCUAUUUGUCGUUUCUUUCGACCGGUUGGAAGAUCUAUUGAAAGGCUAAAAAAAACAAGAUAUGGAUUUCGAAUGUUCGUAACACUGAUAUAUUUGUUAAUACUCACGGCCAUCGUUGCCUUUCUCAUUAUCGAUACCUUACAUUCGACGAGUAGAUUGAUCAGUGGUCUUGGUGUCAUAAUCCUAUUGCUUCUAGGAUGGAUAUUUUCAAAACAUCCGGCUCACAUCAAUUGGAGACCAGUUUUGUGUGGUGUAAUAAUGCAAUUUUUAUUUGGUUUAUUUACCCUACGUUGGUCCGUCGGCCGAAAUAUUUUUGAUUGCAUUUCAAACAAAAUAACGACCUUUUUGGAUUACGCGAAAGAAGGCGAUGAAUUUAUCUUCUCAGAGGAACUUGUUCAAAAAGGAAUUUUCGCUUUUUCGGUCAUUCCAGUUAUUUUCUUCUUUAGCUGUUUUAUUCAAAUAUUAUAUUAUAUUGGAGUUAUGCAGUGGGUGGUUAUGAAAUUUGGAUGGGGUUUGCAAUGUAUCAUGGGAACUACAAUAUGCGAAUCGUUGAAUAGUGUAUCAAAUACGUUCAUUGGAAUGACCGAAUCUCUUUUAUUGAUAAAACCAUAUAUCAGUAAACUGACAUCUUCCGAAAUGCAUGCCGUUAUGUGUUCUGGGUUUGCCUCGGUUUCAGGUAGUGUUUUUGCUGCAUAUGUCAAAUUUGGUGCCGAUCCAGCACAUUUGCUGAUAGCAUCAGUAAUGUCAGCCCCGGCUGCCCUUUGUUAUUCUAAAUUAUUUUAUCCUGAGACAGAGGAAAGUCAAACCAAUUCGGACAACAUUCAAUUGGAGAAAUCAAAUGAUUCUGGAAUUUUGGAUGCUGCGAGUAAUGGAGCACUGGCAGCAAUUCCUGUAAUACUUGGUAUAAUAGCUAAUAUUAUAGCUUUUAUAUCAUUUGUUGCCUUUAUCAAUGGUUUACUCUUUUGGUUCGGUCAACUUUUGGGAUUUAACGAUUGGAAUUUUCAGUAUUUCUUAUCAAAAAUUUUUAUGCCAUUGAGUUGGAUCAUGGGUGUACCGUGGAAUGAAUGCGAAGAUGUUGGAUACUUGAUAGGAAUAAAGACUGUCAUUAAUGAAUUCAUCGCUUAUAAAGAACUUGGAAUAUAUAAAAAACAGAAUAGACUUUCUGUUAGAUCUGAAGCCAUUGCCACGUAUGCCCUUUGUGGAUUUUCUAAUCCUGCAUGCAUCGGUAUCAUGAUUGGUUCUUUAAGCAAUUUAGCACCAAAUAAGAAAAAAGAGAUCACUGCUGUUACAAUAAGAGCAUUUAUCUCUGGCAGUGCUGUUUGUUUUCUCACAGCUUCUGUUGCCGGUAUGCUGAUAGACGAUGCUUCCUCUCAUAUGGUUAAUGUAACUUCCAAUUAUACUCUCGAGUAUUAACAAAAAAUCUGGUCACAUAACCUAUACGUCUAGUUGCAAUAUUAUUUAUUGUCUCGAUUUAAAUAAGGACAUUGUAAAUAAUUUCUGGAAGCAUUUAUAAAUGAAAGACAAUGCAAUAUGAUUCAUUUACCAUGUACAUUUUCCCAUAAAGAUUAUUAUUGUAUAAACGUUCAUUAAUUUUAUAAAUAUAAUAUAUGACGUAGUUACUCAAAGGAAAAUUAAUUCGUGUUCUUUAUCAAAAUGCAUGAAAGGAAUGUUUUAUUUUUUCGGUAUAUGAUAUGCUAUGGCUGAGAAAGACGUUCGCAUGCUAACGUCUAUUUGUACGUAUUCAGUUAAUAUAAUUAUAAAUUGUUAUAUAACGUAAAUAUUACAAAACGAGCGUGCUUGUAUAUAGUGAUCUGUAAUGUUGUUUACCAAGGUGAUUCAAUAACUCUAUUAUAAAGUAUUAAUGUUAA